UCUCAACCCAGCAGCUGCCGCCUCCGUCCAGAGAACCGGGAAGAGUGAAGAACAAUCAGCCGAAGAGCACCCGCCAUCGAACAGUGAACUAAACACGGGGCAACAUUUAACAGACUCCUCGCCCUCUUUGGAUUUUAUUCUGGUGACUGAGAUGGCAAAAGGGAAGAAAAACGUGCUGAGAACCGACAUAAACCCCGAGGAGACAGCUGAACAUAAAGUCACUUCACGGAAAGAGACAAAGGAAAACAAACCAUCAACUAAUAAGGAUUGCGUAGGUAAAGUGCCGUCAAUUUUCCAGAGUCUACGGAGUCCCAGCAAACCUAGAUCCCCUCUGAGUGACAGUUCAAGCAUGCUGAUCCAGGAAGGAAAUGAAUCUGAUGCUGCUAAUCCUGACAUGUCAAAGCCGAAAAAAGACAUACCCAAUGAAAUGAAAUCUGAGAGUUGUGAGUCCAAAGAGCAUAAGCCUGAAAUGCCUUGCCACAGUCACGGGAUCAGAGAGCCACUCAUUGACCAGCCUGAUCAAAAGGAGUCCACCACACACACAAAUACUAGGUCUGCAGCAGACAGCAAAGCUCCAGCAUCCAAACCUCGGCGUAGAACUGGUCACAAACUCAGAGCAAAAAAGUUGGAGAAUAAAGCUCCCCAAAACAGAAAGGUCACAGACUAUUAUCCCAUCAGACGGAGUAACAGAAAAACUAAGGCAGAGUUAAAGAAUGAAGAACACAGACACAUUGAUGACCUGAUAAAGAAUGGCAUUGAAGAAGGAAUGCAGGUCAAAAACAUUGAAGGAAAAGGAAGAGGGGUAUUUGCUGUCAAGGGCUUCACAAAAGGAGAAUUUGUUGUGGAGUACCAUGGAGACCUACUGGAACUACCUGAGGCUAAAAAAAGAGAGGCCCAGUAUGCUCAGGAUCCCCAAACAGGCUGUUACAUGUACUACUUCCAGUAUCAAUCAAAAACAUACUGCGUUGACGCAACAAAGGAAACAAGUCGUCUUGGAAGACUGAUUAACCACAGUAAAACUGGCAACUGCCAAACAAAGCUUCACGCCAUCGAUGGAGCUCCCCAUCUGAUCUUGGUGGCUUCCAGAGAGAUCAAAGCAGAGGAGGAGCUGCUCUAUGACUAUGGUGAUCGGAGUAAAGACUCAGUCUUGGCUCACCCUUGGCUCAAAUACUGAAACUUCAACCCACGAGUGUUUGUAUUUCAGAUGAAUUGGUGCUCUCUGCUGUCCUGCUUAUCUUUUUUGUAAAAGAUGAUACUGAUGAGCAGUCCUCCACAUGCUUUUUUUAUGAAGUAUAAAAAUGCUUUUGUUUUAAAUGGAGGCGAAAGCUUUAACUCAUGAAAAGUGUAUUUUUGCAACAAUUGUUUUUAUCAUGCUUUUAUAAAUUUCUUAUCUAAUUGUAGCAGAGAUUUAAGCUUGAAGUGUCUCUCUCCUGGAUAAGUAGUGUUUCACAUUGUCCAUGGAGUUUUCUUUUGUAAUGAAUAUAAUUCUGACUAUUCAAUUUGCAAUUGUAAAUUAUUAACUGUGCUGUAAAUUGAGGAAUAAAACAAAAUUGAAUUCUCA